UAUAAAUUUUGAAAAAUAAUUAAUUAAUUUUUUAGAAAAGAAUGAAUGGGAGACAACGAUACCUCUUUACUUUCGGAGUUUGAGGUGUCUCUGGAACACCCAGGUGAUAUCCAAUAGGCUUUUGAAUAGGUGUGCACAUAUAUAUGUUUAUUAUUACAGCUCGCGAGACAUCUGGGCUGGAGACACAAGUUUGAGUGUUAUCAACUCCCAGGUGGUAAUUAAAACUAUGAGUGUGUAUGACUUCACCCAGAGAAAGUGUGGGGCCGGAAAAUCUGUGGGCCCAGGACAGAGCUCUGGGGAGCUCCAACUCCAAGCAGGAGAAGGCUUGGAUUUGUAAAUGUUCUCCCAGGAACAAUGUGUGAUGUGAAAGAGGGUGGUGAAAGGGCCCUGGACAUCACCAACAUUUAGGGGAGAAGAAGGUGAACAGAUGAGAAGAUUGGGGCAGAGGCGCAGGAGAAGCCAGGAAAGGGUGUCAAGUGUAAGGAAGUCGGCUACAUGAAAGCUUCAGGGAUCAGUGGAGAUAAGGACAGGAAACUCCACCAGUUAAAUGUGGCAACUAGAUGGCCAGUGGCCAGAAUGAGGUCAGCAGGAUGGCUAGUGCGUGAGUUCCCGGCUGUAGAAAAAACUUAUGCAACUAGACUGCAGUUCUACCAGCUGACUGAAAUUGCAGCCCGUACUGCUUGCGCGCGCCACUGCGCACGCGCACUCGUAAACACAAGAAGUAAAACAGGGAUUUAGCCUUUCUAGAGAGUACCGGCGCACGCGUCUACCGAGCCCGCCUACUCCGCCGCCGGCCCCUCUCCACACCUGCAGAGGGCGCUGCGCCUUGAAGAGACCGGGCGUGGCGCCGCUCUAGCCUGCGCCCGGACUCCGUGGCAGGCGCGGCAGCUUAGCGUCCCCCACGCCUCCCCUCGGCGCAGGUUUCUCAGGCUUCCAAGGGACCCCUCCCCGGUCCUGAACCCUGAGCCGGCACCAUGGUGAGAACUCACGGGCGCCUGAAGGUGAAGACAUCGGAAGAGCAGGCGGAGGCCAAAAGGCUAGAGCGGGAGCAGAAGCUGAAGCUAUACCAGUCAGCCACCCAGACUGUCUUCCAGAAGCGCCAGGCUGGUGAGCUGGAUGAGUCUGUCCUGGAACUGACAAGCCAGAUUCUGGGAGCCAAUCCUGACUUUGCCACCCUCUGGAACUGUCGACGAGAGGUGCUUCAGCAGCUGGAGGCCCAAAAGUCCCCUGAGGAGUUGGCUUCUCUGGUGAAAACAGAACUGGGCUUCCUGGAGAGUUGCCUGCGGGUGAACCCCAAGUCCUAUGGUACCUGGCACCACCGCUGCUGGCUGCUGGGCCGCCUGCCAGAGCCCAACUGGGCCCGGGAGCUGGAGUUAUGUGCCCGCUUCCUCGAGGUCGAUGAGCGGAACUUUCACUGCUGGGACUACCGGCGCUUUGUGGCUGCACAGGCAGCCGUACCCCCUGCAGAGGAGCUAGCCUUCACUGACAGUCUCAUCACCCGAAACUUUUCCAACUACUCCUCUUGGCAUUACCGCUCCUGUCUCUUGCCCCAGCUGCACCCCCCGCCGGACUCUGGACCACAGGGACGCCUCCCUGAGGAUGUGCUACUCAAAGAGCUGGAGCUGGUACAGAAUGCCUUUUUCACCGACCCCAAUGAUCAGAGUGCCUGGUUCUAUCACCGCUGGCUCCUGGGACGAGCUGACCCCCAGGAUGCCCUGCGCUGCCUGCACGUGAGCCGGGAUGAGGCCUGUCUGACUGUCUCCUUCUCUCGGCCCCUCCUAGUGGGGUCCAGGACAGAGACCUUGCUGCUCUUGGUUGAUGAGUCACCCCUGGCUGUGGAGUGGAGGACCCCAGAUGGCAGGAACCGGCCUAGCCACGUCUGGCUCUGUGACUUGCCUGCUGCCUCCCUCAAUGACCAAUUGCCCCAGCAUACGUUUCGUGUCAUUUGGACAGAAGGCGAUGCCCACAAGGAGUGUGUGCUUUUAAAAGGCCGCCAGGAGGGCUGGUGCCGGGACUCGGCCACGGAUGAGCAGCUCUUCAGGUGUGAGCUGUCGGUGGAGAAGUCCACGGUGCUACAGUCCGAACUCGAAUCCUGUAAGGAGCUGCAGGAGCUGGAGCCGGAGAAUAAGUGGUGCCUGCUCACUAUCAUCCUGCUGAUGCGGGCACUGGAUCCUCUGCUGUAUGAGAAAGAGACACUCCAGUACUUCCAGACCCUCAAGGCCGUGGACCCGAUGCGGGCAGCGUACUUGGAUGACCUACGCAGCAAGUUCUUGCUGGAGAACAGUGUGCUCAAGAUGGAGUAUGCUGAGGUGCGCGUGCUGCACCUGGGUCACAAGGAUCUGACAGUACUCUGCCAUCUGGAACAGCUGCUCUUGGUCACUCAUCUUGACCUGUCACACAAUCGUCUCCGAGCCCUGCCCCCUGCCCUGGCUGCCCUGCGCUGCCUUGAGGUCCUUCAGGCCAAUGAUAAUGCCAUAGAGUCCCUGGAUGGUGUCACCAACCUGCCCCGACUACAGGAGCUCUCACUGUGCAACAACCGCCUCCAGCAGCCCACAGCGCUCCAGCCUCUUGCCUCCUGCCCCAGGCUGGUCCUCCUUGACCUGCAGGGCAACCCCCUGUGCCAAGCAGCGGGCAUCUCUGAGCACCUGGCCGAGCUGUUGCCUUCAGUUAACAGCAUCCUCACCUAGGAGAUCCUUCCCCACCCCUGUUCUUUAACUUAUUGGGACUGAAUAAACAAUGGAGAGGC